AUUUCAAGCUCAUUGUUAUUGAUGAUUUAAUUUGUUUCACUGUUGAAAAUUCAUCUUCAAACUUUAAGAAAAAUCUAUCUUCAGACUUCUAAGGAAUGGAAUCAAUAUUGAUGUAUCAAAAUUCAACAUCAUUAAAAGUAAACUAUUGAAUUUAUUGUUGAAAACAUCUAGGGAUAGGCACUGUGUGUUCACAUUAAAAAUAAAACCAAGAUAAAAUCAGUAACGUCUUUUCUUAUUUUUACUGCUACAAUAUUAACUAAACAAUAAAACUGUUUCAGGGCUAACAUUGCCUCUCUAAAUCAAAGAAAGAAAGACAGUUUAGUAGUGGAAUGAUAGGGAGAGCAGCAAAGAAUUUUUAUGGAACAUUAUCUGCUCGUCAAAAUUUCCAUACCAUCGUUUCAAAGGAGGUUAAUAAAGCAUUGGUUAAUCAGCAGCCUGUUUUAGCUUUAGAGUCAACAAUAAUAACUCAUGGUUUGCCAAAUCCAGAAAACUUGCAUAUGGCACAAUCAGUUGAGGAUAUCUGCCGGAGCAAUGGAGUGACUCCUGCUACUAUAGCAGUCAUGAGAGGCUCUCCCUGUAUUGGAAUUUCCAGUGAGGAACUUUCAGAACUUUCAAAUGGUUCUAAAUCUUAUGUUAAGAUUUCAAGAAGAGACCUAGCUCCUACAAUUCAACAAAAGUUAACUGGGGGCACGACUGUGAGUGGGACUAUGGUCCUCGCUGAUCAACACAACAUUCCGGUAUUUGCAACUGGAGGAAUCGGGGGAGUACAUCGUGGUGGUGAGGAUACUCUGGACGUAAGUGCAGAUCUCACUGAACUUGGUAGAACACCUGUUGCUGUUGUGUGUGCUGGAGUUAAGUCAAUCUUGGAUAUUGCCAAGACCUUAGAAUAUUUGGAAACUCAAGGAGUAACUGUAGCGACUUUUGGAGAAACAAGAGAUUUUCCAGCUUUUUUUACUGCUAAAAGUGGUUUGCUUUCACACACCAAUGUUCGAACUGCUAAGGAAGCUGCUGAGAUGAUCUAUGUUAAUAAACAGCUUAAUUUAGGCUCUGGGAUAGUGAUAGCUGUACCCAUUCCUGAACAGUUUUCUGCAGAUGGUCUUGAAAUAGAGAAUGCCAUCCAAACCGCCCUCAAAGAAGCAAAUGAUGCUGAUGUUGCAGGUAAUUUGAUUACCCCUUUUAUAUUGCAAAGAGUCUCUGAACUUACCUAUGGUAGAUCACUCAAGACUAACUUGGCUCUAGUACGCAACAAUGUACAUGUAGGCAGUCAGAUAGCUUUAGAAUUGAGUCAUAUUCAACGCCUUGAUCAAUCCCGAAAAGUAGAGUUAAAAUCGAAAGGUGAAACAAAAGACAACAAAGUACUAGUUGUAGGAGCUGUUAAUGUUGAUAUUCUGUGUACCAAACAUGAAGAAACAACCGUUGGUAAAGACUUGGCGCAGGGAAAUAUCCAGCAUGUUAUGGGUGGAGUUGGGCGUAACGUAGCAGAGUGUCUAGCUAAACAGGACAUCAAAAGUACUUUGAUCAGCGUAGUGGGGGAUGACAAUUUAGGAAGACUAGCUCUGGAGUGUUGCAAGGAGAGUGGUAUGGACACCACUAGGAUUGUAGCUCAGCCUGGUGCUUCUACUCCUGUUGCUCAAUUAACUAUCAAGGACGGCGAUGUUUUGGAGGGUAUUUGCAACUUUUCUGCUCACUCACAUCUCGUCCCCAACUUGAUACCAGAAGCAGACAUUGCCAGUUCGAGAUUUGUUGUCCUGGACUGUGACACUCCUGUUCAGACAGGUAUUUAUGUUGCUGAGAGUUGUUCCAAACUUAGUGUCCCACUCAUCCUGGAACCGACUGCUCCAUUAAAAUUCAAGCAGUUUGUGGCUGCUGGAAUUCUGCAGUUUACUUCCAUAGUGACUCCCAAUGUAACAGAGCUAGCUGUAAUCACUGACGAUAAGAAUGAUUUUGCCAUUCCUAGUCUACUGAAACCGAUACCAAAAGAUAUCUCCCAAAUAUUGCCUCAAAUGUUGCAGUGUCUUAGCAAGAUGUCUCGGAAGACACAAUUCAGAUCUGUUCUUACCACUCUAGGAGAGAAAGGUGUCUUAUAUUGUCAGUUAUCUGAAGACAACAUUCUUCAAAUCGUUCAUCUUCCAAAAGCGCCAGAAAAGCCACACAUCAAAUCUUCCAGCGGAGCUGGAGACUCCUUUCUUGGUGGUUUUAUUGCAAAUAUUUGUAAAGGUAAUGGUAUUGAACAGUGUUUAAAGGGUGGAACGUUUUGUGCUUUUAAGAGUUUGAAAUCACACGAAACAAUCAGUGGAAUGAUUAGUGAUGAUGGAUUAGCUGCUAAAACGAUUAAAUCUUGGAAUGAACUGGGGUGGAAUCUUUAUGUUUUCUAUGAAGGUGAGUUUAAAUUUGAAAAAUGAAACAUUCUAAAGGUCUUUAUAAUACAUGAUAGAUAUUUAUUUGCAGAUUUUAUUACUGUUUUGUUUUAUGUUUUUAGAUACCUAUAAUAAUUGACGAUGCCAGAUGAAUUUAUAUUAGUUUUGUUUUUAUACAGCGACCUAAAUGUUUGGUUAAGUUUGUAUUGUGCUUAUAUGUAAAACUUGAAUACUAAUUAUUCCUUUACUUUCCUUUAGCUUAAGCGAUACUUUACUUAAGUGAUACUCCUUUACAAAAGAAUUUAUAGAUGAUUCAAGUACCUAUUAAUAGAUGAUUCAAGUACUUAACUUACAGAUAUUUAUUAAUAGUACAUUAUAUUAUAUAUUGAGAACUUCCGAAUGUUAGUUCAUUUUUUUUCA